UUUUUUUUUUUUACUUCCAAAACGUGCUCUGACUUUGUUGAGUCGCGCGUCGCCGUAUGCUCCACCUUAAGCGAGAAAGGGAGGGCGAAACUUUUGGGUGCAACUCAGCCGGUCCACCUUAAGCGCACGAGCCAGACGCAGGCAAGCGGACGGCCGAAGGUUUCCGCUUCUCCGCCGCUGCAACUAACGCACCAGAGAGGGAAGACCCCCCCACCCACCCUCGCCUCUCCACAACCCCCCUCAAAAAAAAAAUAAUAAUAACACAAAAAGAAGGAGGAAAAUGUCCGACGCAAAGUACCGCGAGUGGAUUCUGGACACUAUCGACUCGCUGCGGUCGCGGAAAGCCCGGCCGGACUUGGAGCGAAUCUGCCGAAUGGUCCGGCGACGUCACGGCUGCGAGCCCGACCAAACGUGCGGCGAGCUGGAGAAGCUCAUACGCGAGCAGACGGUGCUCAAAGUCAACUACAAGGGCUCCAUUUCGUACCGGAACGCCGCCAAGGUUCAGCGGAGGUGCCGCAAGAAGGACGACGCGGUGACGGCGACGGCUUCUGCCGCGGCGGCGACGUCAGCGGCGGCGGCCGUCAACGACGCCAGUCACUCGGACUUGAGCAACGGGGACAGCGCGCUCGGCCCCGCGGACCCGGACGACGACGACGACGAGGCCGACACCUCCAUGGCGAUGGACACAGACAGCAACGUGGACGAGGAGGGAGGCGACGAGAGUCGCGACGGACCCUCCCCCUCCCCCGCCCCCGUGUGCACGGCGCCGGCGGCCGUGUUGCGAGCGGUGUCCGCCCCUUGCUCGCCCUCCCACGCUCGGCCCGGGCCCGGGCCCAUUCCAAACCCCGGCUCUGGUGGAGACUGUGCCCCCUCCUCCCAAAUGGCCGCCGCCAGGCCCAGCUCCCUGCCCCCCUCCAGCCCCAGAACCCUCGCACUCGCACAUGACUGGGCCAACGGGGUCAACGGGGUCGCUGGCUGCGACCAGGGAAUGCACCUAGACAAAGCGUGUGUAGCGACAGUCCACCCCGCGUCCGUCUGCCUGAGCGCCCCCAAGGACAACGUGAAGGAGGAGGACAAGAUGGAGGACAGCAGCCCCCUCUCGGACCAGCUAGUACCGGACUACGCCGUGCAACUGGGGAGGAGCGGCGGCGACUCGUCCGAGGCUCGAGCGCAGACUCUGUCGUCGUCAGACGAUUGUACUUCAAAGGAGAAUGCGGACACGCUCGCUUCCUUCGCGCAAGGCGUGAGUGUUCACGUGAACGGCGACGAUAAAAGCGACGACGUCUCGGUGAAGAAGGAGAAGAUGAGUCAGAACUUGCUGCAGUGGACCGUGGCCGACGUGGCCAGUUACUUCGCCGACGCCGGCUUUCCGGAGCAGGCGCUGGCGUUUCGGACGCAGGAGAUCGACGGCAAGUCGCUGCUGCUCAUGCAGCGCAGCGACGUGCUGACCGGCUUGUCCAUCCGACUGGGCCCCGCGCUCAAAAUCUACGAGCGCCACAUCAAGGUGCUGCAGAGGAGCCACUUCUUGGAAUGCGACGACCUCUGAUGGAUUGCACAGACAAUGGGGAGGACAUUUAAAAAAAUAAAAUAAAAAAUACUUCCACCAGGAUCCUGCCACACAUCAUCGCAUAUAUUCUAUGUACUGUAUAUAUGAAGAAGAUGCGUGGAAGAAGGAGAGGACCAGUGACAAUGAAAAAAAAACGAAACAAAAAAAAAAAACAAUCAUCCUACCUCUCAUGAAGAUCCUCAUUUCACCCGUGCAAAAGGAGCAGUGGCCCUUUAAGAAAAGCCACACGUGCACUUCCUGUGGACUUCCUGACCGUGACUCUCUUCUGACUCUUCGCUCCCACCAAAGUCACGCAGGUAAAACAAAACACGCGCGUGUUCCGUGUAGCUGCUGACACGUGACGUCCCGUGUUCGUUUCUCCCCUUAAUUUACCUCACUCCUUUGCAUUGUGAGUGGCGUGAUGAUAAACAGACAAGGAGGUAAUAUUGAGGUUUUAAGACCAACGCGGUGGACCACAUGCAAUAUUUUGUGUAUCACUCGUCUGACGCUUUGUCUUGGUUGUGAUACGAGUCAGCCAUUGUAAGUGUAUAACAUUCCAUUGGGUGUGCUAGUUUUUUUGUUUGUUUUUAUCAAUCAGUACAUGCUUCCGACAAGAGUCGCAAAUAAAGCUCACGCCUCCGUUCAA